CUCGUCACACCCAGACCCGAGGCCGGCGGCUGCCGGUUAGGCCGCGGCGCUCUGUCCCACGAAUGAGGUGCAGGUUAGGUCCCGCCUCUCGCAGGCGCGGCGGUGAUUGGUCAGUACUGUGCCUGUACGGCUCGGGAUUGGUUGUGCGGAGAGGGCGGAGCUCCAAGUGGAGCCUGAGCCGCUGGAACCGAGGAGCCGGUGACCGGCGAGUGAGCGCAGGGGCCCUAGCUAGGGAGCCGAGGGACUAUGGAACCUCAGCAGCCUGGGAGGUUUGGAAGGUUUAAAUACCAGUUUGUGAAGACUUUUUGCCACUCCAGAUGAUCUGCUGGAUUAAACGUGUAAUUAGGAUGGCUUUUGCACAGGUUGGACUAAACAUGGAAUCAGUGCUCUGGUCAGGCAAGUCUUAUGGUUCAUCUCGAAGUAUUGUAAGGAAAAUUGGUACUAACCUCUCUCUUAUCCAGUGCCCAAGAGUUCAGUUUCAGGUUACCUCUCACUCUACAGAAGGAAACCAUUCUAAGCAGCUCAGAGAAGACUCAGUAGCCUCUUUUGCAGAUGUGAGAUGGGUUGCUCAAGAAGAAGGUGAAGUCUCUACAAGGCUCAGCUGCUUGGUACAAGCACUUACUACAGACCAGUCCCGUGUGACAAUUGUGUUGCUUUGUUACAGAUCAGAAGUUUGGUCAAAAUCGACUCCACCUCUUCCACAUGAACCAUAUUGCUCUGGAAGACCACCAAGUAGACAAGUAUCCUUACCAAACCUAUUACAAGAAGAGCCAGCCGCCAAGGUUGUGGUGACCAAGAAUGAUGAAGCUCUGCAAAAGAUUAAUGCUCUAGAAAAUGAACUUGCCAGUUUAAGGGCACAAAUAGCCAAAAUUGUAAUCUUGCAAGAACAGCAGAAUCUGCCAGCAGCUGGAUUAAGUCCUACUGCAUCAGCUCCUUCACCAGCACCGCCACCACCACCUCCUCCUCCACCGCCUCUUCCACCUUCUGGGGUACAUCGGAGUAUGUCUGCUAUUGAUCUCAUUAAGGAGCGGAAAGGCAAGAAAAUAAACGCAGGACAGACUUCGAUAAAUAAUGGUCCAAAGAAGCCUGAAAUACCAAACAUGCUAGAGAUCCUCAAAGACAUGAACAGUGUCAAACUGCGUGCAGUGAAAAGACCAGUGGAAGGCACAAAAUGCAAAUCACCUGACCCGACUGAUCCCGUAGCACUAAUAGCUGAAGCUCUCAAAAAGAAAUUUGCUUAUCGAUACAGAAGUGAUAACCAAAGUGAAACUGAAAAACAGAUUCCAGAGUCUGAAACAAAGGCAACAUCAGAAAUGAUGCAGUUUGGACCACACAUGCUGAAGCCUACAGGAAAAAUGAAGACUUUAAUUGAAAAAUCUUAACUACUUUUAUAUCACUACAAGAGACUAUUCAGCUACUUAUUAGAAAUCAAUGUUAUGUAGUAAGUGUCUCUUGGUAUUUAGUGCCCUCCUACAAAACCAACCAAAAAAAAUACUGACCUAAAAUUAUAAAAACAUAGUGCCUUUGUUUUACAUGUUGAAUUCUAGAGGUAUUUGUCCUUAUGUGACUUUUAACAAGGGGGUUGAGUUGAGAGACAGUACAAGUUUUUAAACCUAUAAACUUUAAAAUCUAGCUUUCAAUAUCUAAAAUACUAAGACUUUUCUGUGGUAGUUUUAUUUUAACACUAAUUUAUCUGUACAAAUGUUUUUAUAUGUAUGACUGACAGUCUUCAGACAGUUUGUGUAAAUGAUAAUAAUGGGAAUGAAGUACUGUCAAGUUACUGUCAGUCAUUUACCUCUCAUGUAAUACCUGAUGUAACAAGUUUCUUGCACUGCAGCAUUUAGUUUGAGACUAGCAACUUCUGUUCCAAAUGAGAUCUCAUUAGUUUAACACAGCUUUUGCUGGUUUUAGCCUGAAAAGCAUAAACAGCUCAUGCAGGGGUAUGUUUAGUUAAUAAUGAAGGAGAAACAGAUAAUCUCUAAUAAGCUUCACUGAUUUUACUUGUUACGAAGCUGAGUGGUAUGGAAUAGAGCAUUUCAAAAAUAGCAAGAUUUCACAACUGAGACUGCCCUUCUCUCAAUGCAGAAUGUUCCAUUUCCCCCCCUCCAGUCCCCCCCAAUAUAUAUAGUGCCUUAAAGGUGAACUUUAUCAUCUUGAGCAACUGGCCACAGCUAGCUUCAGGUUCAGUUCUCUGUCAAAAGGUAGACCAAUGUGUGUGAAAUAGGGUAGAAUAGCAGUGUAGAUUAAAAUACUUCAGACAGAAUGUCAGGGUAUGUGUUUGAGCAAAUGUGGAAGUCUGGGAAGUUACAAAGUAGUAGAGAUGAGAAGAAAUGGAGUGCUUAUAAAUGAACUAUAGGGUGUUUGUCAGUAAAAUCUUACUGCUUUCGGAGGCCCUGAUCUCAGUUGCAGCUGGGGAGUGCUUGACACACAGGAGAGAUGUCUUUACCCUCUACACAGUUAAUGGGGAGGUCUUGUGCUGGGUUAGCCCCCAGCAUAAAGCAGAAGAGACUGAAGACUACCCUUAUUUGUGCUAACUGCCCAUGGCCCCAAGGUAAUAUUUCAGCAGGCAGGGAUAUCCUGACUACAGUCCCUGCACUAGCUCCAGGGAAGCACUGGUUUAGGAGAUCCUAGACAGGCUGGGUCACCUGAAGAUCACCUAGGGAAAUCCUCUAGGCACCUUUUUAUAUUGCAGCUUUGUCCUGCGUGAUCAGCACCAAGGUGGAUCAUCAGGGGGAAACAAUAUGAGUCUUUUUGUACACAAAUGCAAUCCAGUUUUCUCACGUGUUGAAAAAUUGGGUAGAAAACAUUCUGGCAUUCACAGGACUAACAAGCAGGAACACACCAGAACUAGCUUGGCUACAUAUCAAGUAAACUGACAGCAAGUUUCUUUUGAAUGUGGAUAAAUACAAGUAGAGAAGGUGGGUCAGCAAUCUCAUUCUAAAGGAACAGUUGGCUACUGGAGUUGUGAUGCAAGUGCUUGUUCUUGAAACUUCAUUUUUUUUUCCUUCAACUACUGGAAAAGUGCAGCAUUUUCCAUCCACCAAGAGCCACUUUGAUAUAAGUUAUUGAAGAUGUAUAAAGCAUGCUAGUCAGUAUUAACAAAUUGAGAUUUAAAUAGUAUGAUCAACAAGGACUUUAUUUCUGAUGUAAUACUUGAAAGUGCUGUAUUAUUUACAAAGCUGUUAAAGUAAAAAAAAAAUGGAUAAAUGUUUUAACUAAAAA